AUCGCUUUUUGGCGUGAAUUUUCGAUAUCCGAAGAAAGUUGAAACAACAAAAUAACUGGGGACUGAUUUUUCCUAUUUUUAAUAUUCUCAAGGAAAAAAAUUGAGGUUAAAAAAACCGCAAAGAAUAGCGUCUACUAGAAUUUUUAAAAAACAUAUCUAACACAGUAGGAAGGUUUUCUCUCAGACAAAUGCCUCGAUUUGUCAGCAGGAUGAAUAGAAUGGAGUAUGUAGAGAUCAGACUCGUCAUCACUGUUAAUCGUCAUAGAGAAAACCCCCAUUGACACUGUAGUAUUUGGCAUUUUGUUUCUGUUUUCAGGGUAACGGAAACUUUAACUGGAAUACGAUUGAAAUGAAAAAUAAAACUUUAAUAUAGGGCUUUGAUUUUUCUCUAGAUCGAUUGCGAAGCAACGAUAUGAAAAGAAGAGAAGCGUUAAUAAACAAAUUUGAAACCGCAAUCAAAACAUAAACAAGCCAGUGAAAAGCGACAAUCACAAAUCAAAUCAAAAGGAAUGAAUUCAAGAAAGGGUUUCUCUCAGACAAAUGCCUCGAUUCGUCGUCAGAAUAGUGGAUCGAAUGGAUAUAGAUCGGACUCGUCAUCGUUGUCAAUCAUCACAGAGAAACCCGACGUUAGAUUAGAACUGAUGAAAAAUAUCUACGAAAAAAAAACAGAAAAAAAGAAGCCCUAAUCUAAAUGCGUACACAUCAAGAACUAAGAACAAUCUAAAUCUACAAAGAUCUCAUCUCAAAAAAUCAUCUCUGCCUCUGCUCUUCUUUAUAUAGAUGGAGCCAAGUGCCGUGUUUAGGGUUUUACAUCUCUCAUGUGCUUGUAAAAAUACCAUGUUAUCCCUGGGAUAUAUUCGUAUUUUCGACGCUACCCGUGCAAAAUGGCAUUAAAAUGUCGAUCUUGUCCCUGAGAGAUCAUCCGGCAAUAGUUGAAAAAAGGUCUCUAAUACGACGUCGUUGAAGUUUUGCUUUUGUACGUUUCUUCCCGUCCGCUGCUGAAACGAAGCAUUUUACUUUCACCGUUUCUUUGGGUCGGAAGUGACUUUCUCCAAUUUGCUAUGGUAUCGUUAGAAGCUUUUACCGUUUCAUCCUAUACCUCACGUUGGGUUUAACAUGGUGUCGUGGGAUGCAGCUCCUCUGCCGGAAAAGAUAAUCUGUCACUCUGUUGGAGUGUGGCGAAAAUGGUAACAGCUUUAGUAGAAUUGACUCAGGGUUUAAGCUUAUAAGAAUCUAUACUGUAAGCUCGGUUUCGAUGGCAUUAGGGUCUGGAACGGCUCGUUCUGUGAGUUUCUGUUCACUCCCUCCCAUUGGGAGCUUAAUUCUACCUCCACUUCAGAAGGUGACAUUCAAUAUUUCCCAGGGCUCGUUUCAGAAACCAGUGGGUAUCGUCUUUGAUCUUGGCUGGAGAUUUUAUGCUAAAAGGAGGAAGAAAUACUUGGUGGUGGUUUCAAGGGUUUCUCAGAGAGAAGUUGUCAAUGUUCAAGAAGAAGAUUUAAAGCGUUUAUGCAGACAAGGAAAUGUGGAAGCAGCUCUUCAUGUAAUUGAUGAAAUGGAGAGGAAUGGGGUUACUGUGUCCGCGCUUGGUCUUGCUGAAUUGUUGCAAGUCUGUAUAGAUUUGAAGUUGUUGGAAGUUGGGAAAAGGGCUCAUGAGUUAGUAAUGAGGCUUUCAUCAAAUCCCAGUGUUAUUGUCUUCAACAAGUUGUUGGAGAUGUACUUUGAUUUAGGUGAUACCCGAAGUGCUUGCCGAGUAUUUGAAGAAAUGCGGGGCAGAACCUUGGACUCUUGGAAUAGGAUGAUCCUGGGUUUGGUGAAAAAUGGGGAGGGAGAAGAAGCGCUUGCAAUAUUUUCCAAGUUAAAAAAAGAUGGAAUAGAGCCAGAUGGAUCAACUUUUAUUGGUGUUCUAUCUGCCUGUGAAUGUUUAGGGGCAGUGGAGGAAGGACUAGCACAUUUUAACUCUAUGAGUACUGAUUAUGGGAUCACUCCCUCCAUGGAGCAUUUUGCGAUCAUAGUUGAUCUUUUUGGAAGGUUACAGAAGAUAGCAGAGGCAAAGGAGUUUAUUGCAAGUAUGCCACUUGAACCAAGCUCCAUGAUUUGGCAGACACUGCAAAAAUACUUAAAGACUGAGCGGGUUGAUGAACCGGCUCCUCUCACAACAGGUUCUGGUUUGAAACUCAGUCAUAAAAAAAGGGUGAAGAGCAAUUUUGUUUCAAAGCAAAAAAAUGCGAGUCCUGAGAAGAGCAAGGCUUAUGAAAAGCUAAGGUCUUUACAUAAAGGGGUGAAGGAAGCUGGUUAUGUGUCGGAUACUAGGUAUGUGCUCCAUGAUCUUGACCAAGAAGCAAAAGAGAAAUCCUUACUCUAUCACAGUGAAAGAUUAGCCAUUGCUUAUGGUCUCAUCAGUACUCCUCCAGGAACCACCCUGAGGAUAAUCAAGAACCUAAGGAUUUGUGGAGAUUGUCACAAUUUCAUCAAAAUCCUGUCAAACAUUGAAAAGCGAGAGAUUAUUGUGAGGGAUAAUAAAAGGUUUCACCACUUCAGGGAUGGCAAGUGCUCAUGUGGAGAUUAUUGGUGAGAGUUAUGAUAAAAUUAGCAUGACUUAAUAUAUUUUGAGUUCAAUCCUAAUGUGUUACAAGUUAGUGCCAGUUGUCAUAUGAUAAUAAAAUAUCUUUUUUGGUCUUUUGGAGUCUAAAA